UGGUCGUACAAAUCUUAGGUAUCCAGAUGGCAGACUCAAUAGUCGAAACAUGUGGGUUCCGAUUCCUGGUAUUGUUUUUCAACUGUAUGUUGACGUUUGGGUCGUAUUUCUGUUUUGAUAUGCCCAGCGUUUUACAAGAUACAUUCACAGAGGUAAAUAAUUGCACAAACAAUGGAACAAAGACAGAUGUGUCUGGUUUCUAUGGUAACUCUAGUAAUGUAACAUGUAACAACUGUACUGAUUGUCUAGGAAUGUCUGAAGACAACUACAAUCUUCUUUAUGCUAUUUAUGCCUGGACGAAUGCAAUAGUUGUUAUUGGUGCUGGAUUUUUGAUUGAUAAACUUGGCAACCGAGUUGGUGUUUUUCUGUUUUCGUUCCUGUGUGUGAUUGGAUCAUCAACGUUUGCGGCUGGUGUAAUGUUUAAAGGGACAUCAGCAAUGUUACCAUUGAUGUUAAUUGGUCGUCUUGUUUUUGGAUCUGGCAAUGGAUCUUUAACUAUUGUACAGAAUAGAAUAACAGCUUAUUGGUUUCGUAAUAAAGAGCUAGCCAUGGCAUUUGGUAUUACUCUCGCCUUCUCUAGAUUGGGCAGCGUUCUCAAUUUCUUUGUAUCAGCUAACUUUGCUCAGGAGUAUGGUUUAAAAUGGACACUCUGGGGUGGAGCAUUUUUAUGUGGUCUGGGAUUUGUCUCUGCUAUUAUAGUUAGCUCCCUUGAUAAAUGGGGAGCCAAACAGAUGGGUGAUGAAGAGUCCAUGAAAUCAAACUCAAAGAAACUGAAAUUUACAGAUAUUCGUUAUUUUUCUCUACAAUUCUGGUUAUUAAUACUGGCUAUUAUGUUUUUCUAUAAUGGAGUCUUUCCUUUUGUUGCUGAUGCCAGUAAAUUUAUUAAAGAUAAAUACAACUUAUCUAAAACAACGUCUGCUUACCUGGCUGGAGCUGUUUAUGAUGUUUCUAUGAUUGUCUCCCCUUUCCUCGGUGGACUGAUUGAUAUAAUUGGUAAAAGAGGAAUAUUAGCUAUGUUGUGUGCUAUUUUAACCAUUCCUGUAUUUGGUAUUCUGGCUUUUACAACCGUCUAUCCUCUGGUUGCCACUUUAUGGCUGGGUAUUACAUACAGUUUUGCUGCAGCUAGUUUGUGGCCAUCCAUCCCUCUGGUUGUAAGUCAAGCUACCUUAGGGACGGCCAUGGGGGUCACGACCUCUGUUCAGAUGAUAGGUAUUGGUAUAUCUAAUCUUGUAGUCGGAGUAGUCCUCGGAAAAAAUUUAACAGUAGAUGAAACAUUACUACGAUGGAAAUAUGUCAUGAUAUUUUUAUUAGCUAAUUCCUUGGCCUGUGUUGCUGUGACUGUAGUCUUAAAUAUUGUUGAUAAAAAAAGGGUAAGAAGAAUAUUAAGUUGA